GACAGAGGGCACUCGCACAGUCGCACUCACCCCUGGGCUAGUUGGCUUGUGUCCCUUCCCGUUCGAACCAAAACCCUCUCUCCCCUCACCUCCGUCCCGGAUCAAACGGCCACCGGAAAAUCCCCGAAAAAUAACUAUCAGCUCGUCGCCAGAGUAAACGCCGCGGCAGAACCCUAGCGCGCCCUCCCUCCGAGAUCGGCUCCCCUCCCGCCCGCCCACCCACCCCGCAUGGCGGCCAACCCCUCCUCCGGCGCCGACGCCCCCCCGGCCCCGGCGCCGGUGCGGCUCUCGGCGGCGGCGCAGGUGGCCGCGAUCCAGCCCUCAUCCCCGCGCUUCUUCUUCUCCUCGCUCGCGGGGACCAACCCGGCCUCCCCGCACCGCCGCAUCGCCAUCGCCGUCGACCUCUCCGACGAGUCCGCCUUCGCCGUCAAGUGGGCCGUGCAGAACUACCUCCGCCCCGGGGACGCCGUCGUGCUGCUCCACGUGCGCCCCACCUCGGUCCUCUACGGCGCCGACUGGGGCUCCAUCCCGGUCUCCGUCGCCGACGAGGCCGACGCCGCCGAGGACGCCGCCGCCGCCGCCCAGGGCGGCCCCACCGAGGAGGAGCUGCAGAAGAAGCGGGAGGAGUACUUCGACGCCUUCACCUCCACCAAGGCGCAGGACCUGGCGCAGCCGCUGGUCGACGCGCAGAUCCCCUUCAAGAUCCACGUCGUCAAGGACCACGACAUGAAGGAGCGCCUCUGCCUCGAGGCCGAGCGCCUGGGCCUCUCGGCUAUGAUCAUGGGGAGCCGUGGUUUUGGUGCCCACCGGAAGGGCGGCAAGGGGAGGCUUGGGAGUGUUAGCGAUUACUGCGUCCAUCACUGUGUCUGCCCUGUUGUGGUGGUUCGCUACCCGGAUGAUGCUACAGGUGCUGGUGGAGAUGCAGCAGGGGUGAUAGAUGAGCUGCACACUGUACCGGAGGAUGAGCCUGUUUACCACGACGCCCCUGAGGUGCAGAAAGAAAACUGAGGCAAUGGCAGCAGCUGAAGCACAAAGGAAAACAUGCAGCUUUUAGCAAGGGCAUCCUUGUGUACGUGAAGAUGCAACUGGUUGUUUAUCUUUGCUUCUAUGUCCACUGCGUAUCAUAAACUGGGUUGAUCAGCAGGCUGCUUGCCGUUUUGAGUUUCAUAUCGGAGUCCUAGAUCAUCGGAGUCUUUGUUGGUUUGUUUGUGAGAUAUUUAUGUUGGCGAUGCAAUGUAGAGUACACUUCUUCCAGUAGGCUGGAGCUGUCUUAUUAUGGUCUACGGAUGCUUAUGCUGUGCUCCCGAAUCUAUCUUGUUUUGCAAGGCCAGUUGACCGUUGUAUUCUCUCGUAGUUGUCUACACGGUAUCAGGACAUCUAUUCAGCUUGCUGCUGUAAUGGAUACUUGGUUAAUGGAGGACCGCCACUUCUCUGUAUUUACUACUUUAUUGGAUGGAAUAAUUGUCUAGUCGAACGGUUUCAGCUGCUAAAAACACGAGCUUGUGCUUGUGGGUUUCAUGUCUGUAUUUGUAAGACCGGUCUGUGAAGAUUUUAUUAGAAAUAAAUUUGUCAAAAUAAAUGCAAUGUUGGCAUUGCCA